AAGAAGCAGCAACAGGCGGGCGGAGCCUCCCCGCCGGGCCGAUCCCUGCCGAGGGGCGUGGAGCAGCUCUGGAGGGGCCUCGGCACGGCAGCGAUUGCCAGAAGGAGCAGCACCGAGAGCCGGGCGGAGAGGAAGAGGAAGAGAGGAGGAGGAAGCGGUUGCAACCAUGAACAGCGGCAGCAACAAAUGCGACGUGGUGGUGAUCGGGGGCGGCAUCUCAGGUCUAUCAGCAGCCAAGUUGCUUUUUGACUCAGGAUUAAAUGUUGUGGUUCUGGAAGCCCGUGACAGGGUCGGAGGCAGAACAUUCACUGUAAGAAAUAAACAUGUGAAAUAUGUAGACCUGGGAGGAGCAUAUGUGGGACCAACACAAAAUCGUAUUUUGAGGCUAUCUAAGGAAUUGGGACUUGAGACGUACAAAGUGAAUGAAGUUGAGCAUCUCAUUCAUCAUGUCAAAGGCAAAUCUUAUCCUUUCAAAGGCCCUUUUCCUCCAAUGUGGAAUCCCAUUGCGUAUUUGGAUUACAACAACCUGUGGAGGACAAUGGAUGAAAUGGGGAAGGAGAUCCCCAAUGAAGCUCCUUGGGAGGCACCACAUGCUGAGGAAUGGGACAAGAUGACUAUGCAAGAAUUACUAGACAAAAUCUGCUGGACAAAUGCUGCCAAGCGGUUUGCCACGUUGUUUGUAAACGUCGAUGUUACCUCUGAGCCUCAUGAGGUCUCUGCUCUCUGGUUCCUGUGGUACGUUAAGCAGUGUGGCGGGACAGCCAGGAUAUUUUCAACAACAAAUGGAGGACAGGAGAGAAAAUUUGUUGGUGGUUCUAGCCAAAUCAGCGAGAAGAUUAUGGAUUACUUGGGAGAUUUGGUAAAACUCGAGAAACCAGUAAGCUGCAUUGAUCAGACUGGUGGAAAUGUAAAAGUGAAAACUCUGGAUCACGAAACCUUCGAGGCUCAGUAUGCGAUUUGUGCCAUACCUCCAGCACUUACUUUGAAGAUUCAUUUUAACCCACCUUUGCCUUCCAUGAGAAAUCAAUUGAUCAAUCGGAUUCCCAUGGGAUCAGUCAUCAAAUGUAUAGUAUACUACAAGGAAGCAUUCUGGAGGAAAAAAGACUACUGUGGUACUAUGAUUAUCGAAGAUGACGAUGCAGCUAUUGGUUUGACAUUAGAUGACACCAAACCUGAUGGAAGCUUCCCAGCCAUAAUUGGUUUCAUCCUUGCUCGGAAGUGUAGAAGAUUGUGUCACCUCACUAAGGAAGAAAGGAAAAUCCAGAUUUGUGAACUCUAUGCAAAAGUGCUGGUAUCACAGGAAGCCUUACAUCCGGUGCAUUAUGAAGAGAAGGACUGGUGUGAAGAACAGUAUUCUGGAGGAUGCUAUACAGCCUAUUUCCCACCAGGGAUCAUGACUCAGUUUGGAAGAAUCCUUCGUGAGCCAGAUGGGCGAAUCUUUUUUGCUGGCACUGAGACAGCUACUGAAUGGAGUGGCUACAUGGAAGGAGCUGUGCAGGCUGGAGAAAGAGCUGCCAGAGAGAUAUUGUGCUCUAUGGGAAAAAUUUCAGCAGAAAACAUCUGGAAGAAAGAAUCAGAAUCACUUGAUGUCCCGGCACUGCCAAUCACUACUACCUUUUGGGAAAGGAACUUACCUUCUGUACCUGCACUACUGAAACUGAUGGGAUUCUCUGUAUUCUUUACAGCUGCAUCUGCAGCUGGUCUCUUUGCAUAUAAAAAGGGUUUGCUGGUGCGAAAUUGAAUGUGAAGCUGUGCAUCUACAAGUUUGUGUGCAAACACAUAGUCAUUUUACUCUCACUGAGCAGCAGUUACCGUUAUUCUGAAUUAUCCCAUGUAUUUAUAUUAUGAAAUUUGGUCUUGUGAAACAGUCCAGUCUGUGUUUUGAGACUACAUAUACAUGGUAGUGGGAGACCUGUCCUUAUACUUCUUUUUUAUGCACACACAUGCAUAUAUAGUUGAUAUUUAGAGAGAUCUCCUGGCAACAGUAGGGCAAAACCCAUAGGACAGAGAGAGAAAAUUGUGUGACAAUGUGUUGUCUUCAGAUGUUAGGGAAUUAGAUAAAAUAAGCACCCGGAUGUUUGUUAAUAAAGUCCAGCAACACAAUUCCACCUGGAAUUGGGGGGGGGGGGGGGUCCAAAAACUUUGGCAUUGUGUUUUGGCUUCUUUUUUGAUCCUGUGGUGUUUUGCAAAAAUGAUAACUACAAAGCUGGAACAGAGGUUUUUUUAAUAGGAUUUCCUAUCACUAUAGCCAGUGAAAAUAUUGGACCUGCAGAUUGAAUAUUUAUUUAUGCAUAUCAGAUUAGUAGAGUUACUCUGGUCAGAUUCAAAACAGGGCAGAUUUCUGGCUCCUUUAAUCGUUGCACAUAGGAGGGCAUUUCAAUUGGCAUUUCAACUUGAAUAAUGAACUAUAUUUUGUCAAAAUGUCCUCUUUUACACAGUUCAUAAAAUCAUAGUAGCCCCAUUCUCUUCUGCAAACCAACCACAAAUGUGGACGUGCAUUCAAAAGACAGAAAGCCAUGUUCACUUAUAGUUUUAUUUCCAUAUUCCUUAAUCUUUAAUAAUAAAAACAGCUAGGAGUAUAAUAAAGGACAUGAAGGAUUCAUAUAUCCAUGGCAGGAGGGUUAGGAUCUGUUCAUGACAAAGGAGGAGUAACAAUGAGUAGCCCAAGAUCAUCCAGUGAGUAUCAUGGCUCAGUGAGGACAUGAACCUGGGCUUUCCAGACUCCAGUUCAACACUCCUGAGCAUUACCCUACAUUAGUUCUGGGGAGUUAUAUCUAUUAUGCUAAACCACAGGUCUUUACCAACAUUUUAUUAGUAUUUUUUACUUUUAUGUAUUUGUCACAUUCUCCCUCCUUCAGUUUUUAAAAAUUAUCUUUCUUCCUUUCUUCCUCUUGACUAUACACAUCUUAAUCAGAGUGCCCAAAAGUCAUUAUUGCAAGCUAUAUUACCAGAGUCCUAUUGGGGCCGGAGUCUUCACAAGUGGAUUUAUGUUUCUAGCAACCAGAAUUGCACAGUUUUACAAAUUACUACCUAACAGAACCAGCUAAGUGUCUAAUGUGCUUAGGUACUCAAUCAUCAUUCAGUACAAAAUGCUCACUGAUGUGCAUUGCUCAUGCACAAUGGUUCCAAUGCACAUUGUGGUCAUGUUACACAUCUUCAUAAUUUGGUCAAGAGGUUUCUCAGCACUUCUGCUGUAUGGUUAGGAAUACAUCAAGUUAUGUAAUGUAACAGGCCCAUCAAAGUUUGGUUUGCCAUGGUACCAUUAGACUUACACUGAGCUGCCAUGGAAAAGAUUUUGUACAAGGAUUUACCAAGAUGCCUUUUUGCACAAUGCCUGAAAAAUUACAUAGCGAAAACUAACAGGCACACUAGAAUAAGACACAAAGAUGACCCCAAUCUCUGUCUCUUAAGGGUAAGCAGCUGAUAGAAUAAGAGUUGCUGAGAUCCAACAUUUUACAGAGGUAGGGAACAAACUACAUUUUUGUAGGUCUUCUGUAAUUUGUUCUAUGUUAAUAGCACAUCUGUUUCAUAAGAUGGGACAAGAAAUUAUCUGAAAGAGUUUGUUUCUAGUGGAUGAUCUUUAUGAAUAGGGAAACAAUCCUAGGGAUAUCUGGAAGGCAUAGAAAAAAAUAAAACUGAAGUUCAAAAUAUAGUGAA